AUGUUGAAGUUCGACCAUGUUAUGAAUGUAGUAACUCGUGUGGUAAAUUAUAUCAGAUCGUCUUCUACUCGUCAUCGAUUGUUCAGAAAUCUUUUGAAUGUGUCGGACACUGAGCAUGGUCACAUAAUUUUCCAUGCAGACAUCAGGUGGCUUAGUAGAGGGAAAACACUGGAACGAUUUUUCUGUCUUCUGGAUGAGGUCAGGGACUUUCUGAGAUCAUCUCCUGGCGAAUAUUAUCAAGAACUUGAUGCAAUAUCAUGGCUACUAGGUUUAGCUUUCUUGGCAGGUAUCACCUCAAAAUUAAGUGAGUUAAACCUUGAAUUACAAGGGAAAGAUCAUAACAUUUCAAGCAUGAUAAUUGUGGUUAAUGCUUUUCAAAAGAAACUAAAGCUGUGGCUUGCACAUUUACACAGAAAUUCCCUUUCACAUUUUCCGCAUAUGAAAUCUGUUGUGGAAACCUUAAAUGGCUGUGAAUACGAUCUUCCAUCUUUUGCCCAGCAUCUUGAAGCCCUUGUGACCGAAUUUGGUAAUAGAUUUAGCCCGUUUUCAACACUUGAACCAGUGACAAUGUUUAUCAGUAAUCCAUUCGCUACUGUUGACGUUAGUGAACUUGGAGGGGAGGUGUGUGAAAUCUUCGGAAAGUAUAAUCUUGAAGAAUUAGAAAUGGAAAUUUUAAAUUUCCAAGAAGACAUAUCUUUGAAAUCCUCAUUUGCAACUUGUAGCAAUUUCUGGACUCUGGUGGACAGGAAUAAAUAUCCCAUGAUUGGGAUUGCUCUGAAAAUGUAUUCUUGUUUUGGUUCGACAUAUCUGUGCGAAGUUGCAUUUUCAUCUAUGAGCAUCAUCAAAAAUAAGUACCGAUCCUGCCCAACAGACUCACAGUUAGAUGAUGCACUAAGAGAAGCCUGUUCCAGCUACACACCAGAUUUUCGACAACUUGCAGCUAACAUUCAGUGUCGAAUUUCACACUAA